AUGCUGGGCUGCAAGAUGAUUGGUUUCCUGCAGCUGCUGCGGGCGUGUCGCUUAUCGGCUUCCGCGGCGCUGAACGCUGCGGCGAGCAGCAGCAGCCGCAGCAGCGGGGGUCGGCGUCGGCCGGCGGCUGCUGCUGCUGCAGGGGGCGGGGGCGGGCGUUUGCUGCAGCAGCAGCCGCGUUCGCGGGAGGACCGUUUCCCGGGCUCCCCGCCGCGGCUGUGCGCCUCUGCGUUGGCUCUCGCUGCAGCGAGUUCGGCGCUGCUGGUGGCAGCGCUGGACCCUCAGGGGCCCCCCUCGCCGGCGCAGUGCGAGGGGGCCCCCGCGGGUCCCGGGGGCCCCCCCCCGGGCCCGGCACCGUCGCCUUCGCCGGCGUCGGGGCCCCCGCCGCCGCCGGGCCCGCCGCCGGUGUGCCCGCCGGGGUGCGGGGGAGGCCCCCCGCGCGGGGGGGGCCCCCCGGGGCCCCCCGGAGGCCCCCCGGGGUGCGAAAAAGCGCAGGAAAACCCGCUGUGGCGCUCGCGAGAGAGCCAACCCUUCGCGCGGAAGCUGGGCGACGCGCUGCUGUUCUCAGGCUCUGCCAACGAGCAGCUGGGAGCCGCCGUGGCCGAGAGACUCUCCACGCGGCUCGGGCGCGUCUCCGUGUCCCGCUUCGCCGACGGCGAAGUCAACAUUCAGUUCCUGGACUCGCUGCGCGGCAAAGACGUUUACCUCAUUCAGCCCACGAGCUCUCCAGUCAACGACCAUCUUCUCGAGCUGCUGCUGAUGGUCUCCACCUGCCGCCGCGCCUCCGCCAAGAAGAUCACCGCCGUCAUCCCCUAUUUCGGCUACGCCCGCCAGGACCGCAAGAUGAACAGCAGAGUCCCCAUCUCCGCAGCGGACGUGGCUCGCAUGAUGGAGGCGAUGGGGGUGGACCGGGUGGUGGCUGUGGACCUGCACUGCGGGCAAAUCCAGGGCUUCUUCGGGCCCCGCGUUCCCGUAGAUAACGUCGAGGCCCAAAUUGUGGGCCUCGACUACUUCGAGUGCAAAGACCUCCACAAACCGGUUGUCGUUUCCCCAGACGCGGGCGGCGUCUACAGGGCCCGGAAGUUCCAGGAAGGCAUGGUGGGGCGGGGCUACAAAGAGUGCUCAAUAGCGAUGCUGAUAAAGCGGCGGAUCCGCGCGAACGAAGUGGAAAGCAUGGACCUGGUGGGCAGCGUGGAGGGCCGCGACGCCAUCAUCGUCGAUGACAUGAUCGACACCGCAGGCACGCUCGUCGAGGCCGCCCGCGAACUCAAAAGCAAAGGCGCCCGCAGGGUCUUCGCCUUCGCGACGCACGGGCUCUUCAGCGGCCCCGCGAUCGACCGCAUUCAGAAGAGCGCCCUCGAGGAGGUGGUCAUCACCGACACCAUCAAAGCGCGGCCAAUGGUGACGAGUUGCAAGAAGAUAAAAAUACUUUCGAUUUCGAUAUUGUUGGCGGACGCCAUUCGGCGAAUUCACCAAAAAGAAAGCUUGAAUGAUCUCUUCAACUUUGCAAGUGCUUCGCGGGGGCCCCCCGGGACCUCCUGCGCCCCCAGCAGCUAG